AUGUAUUAUCGUAAUGAAAAAAGUAUUCAUCUUCAUCAUACAAAACCUGGUCUAGUUGGUCAUACGUAUUCAGAUUUACAAAAUAUUUUUAACGAAGAUCAACAACAACAAAACAUAUCGGAUGGACAAAAUACAUCAUUACAGUUAACUACUGAACAAAUAGAACAACGAAAAAAAAAUUAUGAAGAAAAAGUGAAACAAUUAAUUGAACGAGAGAAGAUUCCUACUAAUCUUCUAAAAGAGCUCAUUGAACUUACAAAAAAAGUUAUUGAAGAUUAUAAGAAUGGCACUUUUCUUAAUGAUGAAAAUGAAUCCAAAAACAGUGAUGAAAAUACAUCUAGACAAAAUGAUGAAGGUAAACAAGUCUAUUUAAUGAACUAA